UGAUAUGAUCUUCUCUUCUGUUUGGUGUGCGUGUGUGGCGGUGGUGGCGACACAGUUAUGGAGUUCAGGACAAGCGAGUUGAAGCCAUCGGAGAUGGUUAUGCUGUCUGGAUUGCAAUCCUAGAGGGCUUUAGAGGUCGCAACGGCGGAUUUAAUUCUCUUUUAUGGGCAGUACAAUGGGGGAUGAUGAUUCUUAUUCGAAGUCCGUUGGAAGAUGGUCGGUCUUUUAUUACGGUUCGGGGCACAUGCUUAAUGACAUCACUUCAGCUUGUUGGUUUACUUACCUCCUGCUGUUUUUGACGGACAUUGGAUUGUCCCCGAGAGAUGCAGCGGUUGUUAUGCUUUCGGGCCAAGUAGCUGAUGGACUUGUGACAAUAUUUUCUGGCGAGCUGAUAGACAGGUUUGGACAUUUCAAAGUGUGGCAUUUGGCAGGAUCCAUUUUGGUUGCUAUCUCCUUUUCUUCAGUUUUUGGUGGUUGCAUACCUUGCAACAUCUUUGGUAGCCAUUCACUGACAAUGGAAACUAUUGGGUAUAGUGCAUUUGCAGCAAUCUUCAAUGUGGGUUGGGCUGCUACUCAAGUGUCACACAUGUCUAUGAUUAAUUGCAUUACGCUGAAUUCAACAAGCAGAGUGGUGCUCGCUAGUUGUCGUAAUGCUUUCACCAUGGUUGCCAACCUGAGUCUAUAUGCUGUAGCUGGAAUAGUCUUCACUACAACAAGUUCAAACACUCAUGAUGAUAUUGAAAAUCAAUAUCGCUGGAUAGCAUAUUUAUCAAUAGCUGUUGGAUGUUGCUUCGUGGGGAUAUUUCAUCUUGGAACCAGAGAGCCACGGUUGAAAGCCAAUGCUUGUGUGGACAACCAGGCUAGAAUUUCAUGGGAUUACUGGUUCAAGAAAGUUUUGUACUACCAAGUUGCUCUUGUUUAUGUGCUUACAAGAUUAGUUGUCAACGUUUCACAGGCAUAUCUUGCUUUCUAUGUCAUUAAUGAUCUGCGGAUGGCCCAGUCAGCCAAAGCUCUGGUCCCUGCCAUUAUUUAUGUUUGCAGCUUCUUUGUAUCCGUCAUGCUACAGGAGGUAGCUUGGACUGGACAACGACUGAAGGCUUACUAUUCUGCAGGAGGCAUUCUCUGGGUAUUUUGUGGUGCAGCAAUAUUCCUGUUACCAAGAAAUAUGAGUUCAUUCGUUUAUGUUUUAUCGAUAUUUAUUGGCGUGGCGAAUGCUCUCAUAAUGGUGACGGGGGUAAGCAUGCAGAGUGUCUUAGUUGGUGAAGAUCUAAAUGGCUGUGCAUUUGUGUGUGGAUCCUUGAGCUUUUUGGACAAAAUUUCAUGUGGGAUCACUCUUUAUAUUCUUCAAUCAUACCAAACCACCUCAUCAGAAACUCAGGGAGACCUUGCAACUGAUGCCUACGUUUCGGUAUCAAGAUUUGGUUUGGGACUUGUGCCCGCAUUUUGCUCACUUGUAGGAGUGGCUACUACAUACACCAUGAAUCUCCAUCCGCAAAAUUUGAAAUCUACAUUGGUACCUUUAUUGGAGUAAGUCCUGAAUCCUCCAAGAACCACUGUUUCUCUGAAAGGAACUCGGUAGUACAACCCAGAUCAGAUGGAGAAACCUCGUGUGCCAAUAGUGGAGGGAAGCUACAUGUUCAAGGAAUUAGCAUAGAAGAUAUUCACAUUUAUUGAUUGCUAUGGCACGGGAAUUCUAGGUGUUGUAUCAUGGCUAUUCACAGAAUUAGUUUAUAUCAUUGGCUAAUCGUCAAAUUUCACGAGAACGCCCUUUCUGGUGGGUUAUAGAUAACAUUUUAUUUUUUUCAAAUUCGAUUACAUAUCUGUUAUUCUUACUUAUCAUACUCUAUAGAGAUGGUAAUGUAUAUAGCUCUGGAUCAUAGAAGAGUAUACAGAUUUUAAGAA